AUGCCCCGCGCCGCUACGGGCGCGAUCGCCGCGGCGUUCCUGCGAGCGCAGGCCCCGCACAUGGCGCCGGCGGCGUCGCGUAUCGCGCGCGCGUUCCCCGGCCUCGCCACCGCCGCCGCGACGCGCUCCGCUCCCUCCUCGUUCUCGCCGCGGCUUGCUCUCCACCCGCGCCUCCGAUCCGCGCGCUCCUUCUACAGCAGCGUCGCCCGUGCGUCUUCCGGUGGCGGCACCGUUUCUGGCUCCUCGACGUCGGAGGAGGACCAGCGGCUGCAGUCUGAGCUCAUCUUCCUCGGUACGGGCACUAGUGAGGGCAUCCCGCGCGUCAGCUGCCUCACCCACCCCACCAAGACCUGCCCCGUUUGUACCAAGGCGGCUGAGCCAGGGAACCCGAACAGGAGGCGCAACACCUCUAUCCUUCUGCGCCACGCCACCCUGUCUGGCACCACCAACAUUGUUGUUGAUGCCGGCAAGUUCUUCUACCACUCGGCACUCCAGUGGUUCCCCACGUUUGGUUUGAGGACGAUCGAUGGUGUCAUUAUUACCCAUUCUCAUGCUGAUGCCAUUGGAGGGUUUGAUUGUCUUCGUGAUUGGACGAACAAUGUCCAGUCGUCGAUCCCAAUUUAUGUGGCGGAGCGUGAUUAUGAGGUGAUGAAGAUGACCCACUAUUAUCUGAUCGACACAAGUGUAGUUAUACCUGGAGCGGCAGUUUCAGCAUUGCAAUUCAACAUUAUAAAAGAAGAACCAUUUAUGGUUCACAAUCUCGAGGUUAUUCCUUUACCUGUUUGGCACGGUCAGGGUUACCGCUCUCUUGGUUUUCGUUUUGGUGAUGUAUGCUAUAUAAGUGAUGUCAGUGAUAUACCUGAAGAAACAUACAAGCUUCUGGAAAACUGUGAACUUCUUAUAAUGGAUGCUCUAAGACCUGAUCGUUCUUCAUCAACACACUUUGGACUACCAAGGGCCCUUGAGGAAGUUAGGAAAAUCAAACCAAAGAAAACACUCUUUACUGGAAUGAUGCAUUUGAUGGACCAUGAGAAAGUAAACAGUGAUCUUGCCAAGCUGAUGGAAACAGAGGGUCUUGACAUCCAGCUUAGCUAUGAUGGUCUCAGGAUACCUGUAAGGCUCUAG